AUUCAAGUUAACUGUCCAGUUGCCCACAGCCCCAGACAAGGUCCAGGAUGCCUUUGAGGGGGAAAUUCCAACAAAGGAACCGGAAGGCAAAGAACAUGUCAAAGAACCAGGUAAGGUCAAAGAACUGAGACAGGUGGCCUUCGCCAGCAGUUUUGCUUUCAUUACAGAUGGCACCUGCAGGGGUCAUCCUUCUCUUCUUGACUUCACAAAGCAGGGUGUGCUCAGCUUAGAGACGCCUCAGGCUGCCUUAUCUACAUACUCUCGGCCAGUUGUUCUCAGGGUGAGCAUCGGGGAAACCCCCUGAGAUCUUAGGGCUCAGGUAGAAGCAUGGAAACAGCUUUCUCUGUGGGGACUGGGAGACACCUUGCAAUUGAAGGGAAGCAAAGAGGUGCCUGGGAGAUGGUGAUAAGCCAACCUUUAGAGCCCAUCAAGAAGCAAAGACAUGAUGUGUCAGUGGGUGCCGUAUGUGGCUAAGUCCGUUUCUGAGCACUGAGUGUGGAGGGUGCUGUCCUCUGGAGCCACAACAGGAGGGUGGACAAAGGCUUCUAAGUGCUGGGUGCAGGAUGUGAGUGCAGCACCCCCCAGACCAGCAGCAGCUCUUUUCAUCCCAUCUGCUGUAGGAAACGGGCUGCAACCUAGCAGCUGUUGUGGAUCCUGCUGCUUCACCUGUGUCCAGAUGUUGGCCUGUAGGACCACCUGCCAGUUACUAAAGAAGCAAUUAGUUUUCCUGGCUAAGCAUGCUGUUAUAAAGGGGAGGGAUGAGGACCUAUGCUGAAUGGCUGAGUAAGAGAGAUAAAAUGAUGUAUAUACCCAAAUCUUAGGCAAAAGGAAUUCCAAAAAAUAUAUAAAUUAUUGUCCUCUAAAAUUGAAAUUGUCUUGAGAACAUGUUUAGAGGUUUGCAACCUUCUCUUUUGAAAAUAGCACUAAGCUGAGGGCUGCCUUUACUUGGCAAACCGACUGGAUAGGGAUGUAUAGAUUGUUUUCAUCUAACAUGCUAUUAAACUAUAGAAUCUAGGAUGCAUGGUUUUCUUAGAAGCUCAUGAUUCUUAUAAGAUAGGAAUUUUUUUUGUCUGUUUGGAGUAAUUCCUGCUUUCUAUUCUUCAGAUAUGGAACUGGCUUACACAACUCCUGGUGUUCAUUGUGACCCCCUAAAUCUUUAUCUAUUCUUGGAAAAUGCCUUAUGUGUUGUACCCUCAAACUCAAUUUUAGACCAGGAAGUGGUUUUAUACUGGUACAUUUAUAUCUACCACUUCCUGGGUCUAGAAUUAAUCGAGUCUGUGUUUCUUACGGUUUCAUAGAUUUUACCCUCACUGUGUCUUAACUGAUUUGUCAGCACUAUUUCAGAUUCACUUAUAACCCCAAGUAUAAGUGAGUAAGUAUAAGGAAGAGCCAUCCAGCCCCACCCACCAGUGGAAUUUUCAUCAUACUGGAGAUUUUAGACUCAUUGGCUAGCCUGUUUUUACAUGACCCAGACUCUAAUGAUAGUCACCAGCCAGGAAGUUGGGCAGUCUUUGACAAAAUACUUAAUGGUCCCCUUUAAGAGACAUAAGAGGAGGUCCUUUGUUGAAUGGUUACUCCACACUGAAUCCUAACAGUGAGCCUAAGGCUAGGACUCUUGAAAUUAAUUGGGAUGGUAUAGUUUUCAGAACGAGCAAAAUCAGGGUGGAGGGUGAUUCCCUAAUAGGUCCCGUAUUUCAGGAACGAUAAGAACGGAGAAUGCUGCCCUGAGAGUGCAUGGGGCAUGCACGAAAUCCUGAAGUUGGAGAUGGACAAGCAGUUGGCAGAGUAAGGAUAGGUCAAUCAAACCACACACCAACACCAGGGGAUGUGAGCCCUGAGCUAAUAUUCAAUUCCCGGCGAAGCAGAGUUGGGCUGGGUCUGAAAGGUGGAAACCAGCAGUUGGAAGAACCUGUAGAAGAGAGACACGCAAGAGCAGAGAAACACUGGCCCUUGUGGUCAGCAAACUCUGGCUUUUUCAAAUCUAUAUUUCCAGCCUGGACUCUUCUAAAUUCCAGACCUUGUGUCUGAUCUUCCUGUUGGAAAAUAUGUGAGAGCCACCUUGUCUGAAGCUACCUGUGUCAUCUUCCUCCUCCUACCCUUUCCGGCUACCUUAUUUCUCUUGAAGUACACAACCAGUCUGCCCGUCAGCUACUAGAAACUUCAGUCGUCUCUCCUCUUUAAGCCUUCACAGACAUCGGUCACAGAGACGAUCAAUAUGUGUCCGAAGAAUUGGAUACAAAAUUUUCUCUCAACAGAAGAUCAGAAAAAGUGGAAGAUACCUCAGAAGAAUGUGAAAAUAUUUCCUCUUUGGUUGCAUUUGAAAAUCUCAAGGCAAAUGUAACUGGUAUAAUGUUAACCUUGCUAGUGGAGAACAUAAGUGGCCUGUCCAAUGAUGAUUUUCAGGUGGAAGUAAUACGAGAUUUUGAUGUUGCUGUAGUUACCUUUCAAAAAUGUAUAGAUGCUGUGAAAUUUGUUGAUGAUUGUGCCAGGCACCAUUCAGUGAAACAACUUCAACUUUCUCCACGACUUCUGGAAGUGACGAAAACAAUCAGGGUUGAAAACCUGCCACCUGGGGCUGAUGACUAUAAUUUGAAAUGUUUAUUUGAAAAUCCUCUAAAUGGAGGAGGAAGAAUUGCCAGGAUUCAAUGUUUGCCUGAAGAGAGUUCAGCUCUGAUUGAGUUUUUUGACAAAAAAGUGUUACACACCAUCACGACCAAGAAACUUGACCUCAGUAAUAUGCCGCUCUCUGUGUUUCCAUACUAUGCCUCUUUGGGCACGGCCUUGUACGGAAAGGAGAAACCUCUGAUUAAGCUUCCAGCACCAUUCAGAGAAUCGUUAGAUCUUCCCUUAUGGAGAUUCUUGAAGAAAAAGCACCAUCUGAUGGAUGAGAUAAAUGAUGAAGUGAGGCAUUGUCACUCUGAACUAAUGUGGUCCGAACUCAGUGGUGAAGUUACCAUCAGACCUGCAACCACAUUAUUCAGUCUAGGUAGACUAAGGAUCAGGACUUGGCGGAAAGAUGUUUCCACAGCAUUCUCUAGCAUCAGGUCUAAAUAUAAAGUCACCCCAUUGAAAGUGGAUCCCAUAGUGUGGGACACCAUAAAAAAUAGUUUAGAAGAUGACAGGAUUUUGACUGAAUUUGAUACACUUAUGGGGGUUGUAACCUUAGUGGGGAAAUCAGAGGAUGUACAGAACAUUGAGCCACAAAUCAAGGAAUUAAUAGAAAGUACAACUCAAAAAAUUAAAAAAGAAGAGCAAAGUGUAAAGGAAAAAGUGGACAUUGCUCCAGGAAGGUAUUCUCUUUUGUGUCACAGUGGCAUCCUGGAGCGUCUCCACACUGAGUGCCCAGAGAUGGAGAUGUCUUAUGAUGAAGCUUCUCAACACAUGAGCUUCAAAGGACUCCGCACAGAUGUGUAUAAAGCAAAGUGUGAAAUACAGAAAAAGAUGUACACCAUGGCUCAAAAAAACAUCCAGCUUCCCCCCGAGAUUUUCCAAUUUUUGCAAAAAGUAGACUGUGCAGAAUUCUCUAAGUCUCUUUUUAUAGCACAGAAAAUUCUUGCUGUUUAUGAGCUAGAGGGUACAGCUGUUCUUCUAACCAGCUAUUUCUCUGAAGUCCUAUUAGAUGCUGAAAAGCAAAUGGUCAGUGCCUUAAGUUCUAAGCGCAUAGACAUUGAGGACAAGGACAUUCUUAAUGGCAAGAAAUGGAAAGGGCUCACUCGCAGAUUGUGUAAGAAACAUAAUUCCUCGUCAAAGACUGUAAUAAUUGAUGAGUUAACUUCAGGAACCAAAGCUGAGGUUAUCAUUGCAGGCUGUGUGAGAGAAGUGAAUGAAACCCAUAGCUUGCUUUUUGACUUUGUGGAAGAACACACGAAAAUAGAGAGAUUGGUUGAAAUAGAGCCUUCCAUAAUCAUUGAUUAUUUGAAGAUAGAAAAAAAGCCAUUCUGGCAAAAGAUAAAGAAGACAAAUGUUCAGGUAAUUUUCAAUGCUGAGAAUAAAAAAAAAGGCAUUUUACUAAUUGGCCCAAAGGCUAAAGUCCUGGACGGCAUGCACAUCAUCAAGCAAGCCUGGGAAUCCAUCUGUGUUGAAAGCAUCCAUAUUGAUAAGCCAGGAGUCAGCCAGUUCUUCCAGGAGAAAGCACAGUAUUAUAAAAGUGAAGUCAAACGGUUAUUUGGAUGUUUCAUUGAACUACAGGAGAAUGGAGGGAAGAAAGAGGGAGGUGGCACUGACGGACAGAAGUGCUCUUCUCGGGCAGAGCUGGCCCCUGGAGUCUCUCUGAUUGUGCAACGGGGCGACUUGACACAGUUUCCUGUGGAAGUGGUGGUGAGCACUGCAAAUGAGGACCUGAAGCUCUCUGGCGGCCUAGCGGCUGCUCUUUCUAAAGCGGCUGGCCCUGAGCUCCAAGCAGACUGUGACCAGAUAGCGAAGAAGAUGGGCAAGAUCCCCCCUGGCCGUGCCGUCAUCUCCAAAGCAGGAAAGCUCCCAUACCGGCACGUGAUUCAUGCCGUGGGGCCCAAGUGGAAGGGAGAUGAGGCCCUGAAGUGUGUGCUCCAGUUAAAGAAAGCUAUAGAAGAAAGUCUCCAUUUGGCUGCAAAAUACAAGUACCGAUCCAUAGCCAUCCCUGCUAUCAGCUCUGGAGUCUUUGGCUUUCCCUUAGCCCGGUGUGUGAAGACUAUUGUUUUGGCUAUCAAGAAAAACUUCCAGCUUAACCAGGAUGGAAAUACCUUGAAAGAGAUUUACCUUGUGGAUACAGCAGAGAAGGCUGUGGAGGCCUUUGCAGAGACAGUGAAAACUGUAUUUGAAGACUCCCUGUCUGUUGCCGCUUCGCUGCCCAGUUUACCCGCAGCAGUCCAGCCCAGCUUGAUAACAGUUCAUGGAAACGGACAAAUGUCAUUGUCCCAGGGAAAUCUGAGGCUCCUGUUGGUGAAAGGGGAUGUGCAGAGUGCUACGGCUGAUGUUCUUGUCAACUCCAUUCCCAUGGAUCUUGAGCUUAAUAGAGGGCCCCUUUCUCAGGCCCUCCUGGCAAAAGCUGGGCCAAAGCUCCAGGAGGAAUUGAACGUUGUCGGACAAAUGGCAAUUGUUGGCAUGGGCACAGUUCUCCAAACCAGUGGACACAGUCUGCACUGCCGCCGUGUGCUUCACGUGGUGGCUCCGAACUGGAGAGAUGACAGCACAUCUUCAUACAAGAUCAUGGGAGACAUAAUCAGAAAAUGUUUGGAAAUCACUGAGAGCUUAUCCUUGAAAUCGAUUGCAUUUCCAGCCAUAGGAACAGGAAAUUUGGGAUUUCCUAAAACCAUUUUUGCUGAAUUAAUCAUUUCAGAAGUGUUGAAAUUUAGUAGCAAGACUCAACUGACAACUUUACAAGAGGUUUACUUUCUGCUGCACCCGAGUGAUCAUGGAAAUAUUCAGGCAUUUUCAGAUGAAUUCGCCAGAAGGACUAAUGGAAAUUUCGUCAGUGACAAAAUUCCCAAGGCUGAAGAUAAACAAGUCUUCUAUGGGACUGGGUUUAGCCCAGAUGUAGGAAUGCAUGAAAUGAUGAUUGGUCCCAUCAUCUUCCAAGUGGCCUUUGGAGAUAUCACCAAAGAAGAGGCAGAUAUGAUCGUAAAUUCAACAUCAAAGACAUUUAAUCUCAAAGCAGGGGUGUCCAAAGCAAUUUUAGAAUGUGCUGGACAAAAUGUGGAAAUGGAAUGUUCUCGCCAAGUUCAAAAGGGCAACAGUGAUUAUAUAAUUACCGAAGGUGGAUUAUUGAGGUGCAAAAAUAUUGUUCACGUUAUUGGUGGAAACGAUGUCAAGAGAUCAAUCUCCUAUGUUUUGCAAGAGUGUGAAAAACGGAAUUACUCGUCCAUUUGCCUCCCAGCCAUUGGGACAGGAAAUGCCAGACAAGACCCAGGUAUGGUUGCUGAUGCCAUCAUUGAUGCCAUUGAAGACUUUAUCCAAAAAGGAUUUGUCCGAUCUGUGAAAAAAGUUAAAGUUGUUAUCUUUAUGCCUCACCUACUGGACGUGUUUUGGGCCAGCAUGAAAAAAAGAGAACCAUCUCUGACUUCUCCCCAACAGUCUCUGCCGUCUAAAUUAACAUCAUUUAUGGGAUCCCCGAGUCAAUCUCCCCAAAAGCAGAAUCCUUUGGUUUUGAAAAAGAAAACAGAAUCAGCAAGUUUUCAGGUGUGUGGUGAAAAUGUAAAAUGUGUGGAAAACGCUCUCACCUGGAUACAGGAUCUGAUUACAAAGGAACUGUGUCCUUACACCAAUGAAGAUGAGUGUAUCAAAGAUUUUAAUGAAAAAGAAUAUCAGAAAUUGAAUGAGUUGCAGGAGAACUUAAAUAUUGCCAUUUGCUUGGACAGUAAAAGACCUCUGAUUGAAGUUUUUGGGAUUGGCAAAGAUUUGACAGAGGCUAGAAAUGCAAUUGAGGAAAUGAUCAAGAGAAUUAGAUUGGCCAAAGAACAGAAAUCCCAGGCAGAUUUUAUCAGUGAAUUUGUAGAAUGGCAAUAUUAUGACAAAGACACUUUUCAUAGUUUUAAGAAAAUAGUCAAUCUGCAAUUGGAGAAUGCAAGGAAGGCAAAAAAAAGGAUAGCUGUUGUCAAAGUUAAUCACCAGACCUACACCGUGGACCUGUGCAAGUACAGUGCUACAGAUGCAGAAGGACGCAGUUUACCUGUUCGGCGCCUCAUGAAAUCUGAAGUUGGGAUCCCCGAGCACUGGAGUGAUAUGAAACAGCAGGAUGUCUGUGUGGUUGAGCUACAGCCUGGUCAUGCAGAAUAUGCCACAGUGGCAAGCAAGUUUAAUCAGACCUGCUCGCACUUCUACAUAGAGAAGAUUGAGAGGAUCCAGAAUCCAGAUCUUUGGAAUAGCUACCAAACAAAGAAAAAAGCCAUGGAUGCCAAGUAUGGACAUAAAAACAAUGAGAAGCAGCUCUUCCAUGGGACAGAUGUUGACUCAGUGCCACAUGUCAACCGAAAUGGCUUUAACCGCAGUUACGCUGGGAAAAACGCUGUGGCAUAUGGAAAGGGAACCUAUUUUGCCGUCAAUGCCUGUUAUUCUGCCAGCGAUACAUACUCCAGACCAGACAAAAAUGGGAAAAAGCAUAUGUACUAUGUGCGAGUACUUACUGGAACCUACACACGUGGAAAUCAGUCACUGAUUGUGCCUCCACCAAAGAGCCCUGACAACCCUACUGAUCUGUAUGACACUGUCACAGACCGUGUGCAUAAUCCGGGUUUAUUUGUGGUAUUUUAUGACUACCAGGCUUACCCAGAGUACCUCAUUACUUUUACAUAUUAACAUCUUGGUAUCCUUCCCAGAAGACAUUGCUCAUCUAUACAUACUGUGUUGUAAAACAAGUUUAGAUUUUUUUCCCCCCUCUUAACAGCAUUUUCUUAGAUCAAAGGAUACUUAUCACUGAAAUCAGACUUUCUUCAGCUUCUUCAUAACUGGAAUGUACCUCUCUUGAGAGCAAUAAAUUUGGGAAUUUAAAUCAGA